AUGUCUUCAUAUAUAGUUAAUCCGCAGCUUGGGCAAAGUUCACAAGUUUCAAAACAUAUGUCUACCAGUAUGCCAACACAGUCCAUAAUAACCGAGAAACCUUCUUCAAUGGAGUAUAUCGAUCCUUCACCACGAAAUCAUAAUGGAAGCGUUUGUAGUGGUGAUAUUUCAAAUAAUAUACAACCGGAACUGAGGCAACAGCCACAUCAGCCACAGCCACCACAAAAACAGCAACCGUUAGUUCCUCAUGCUAAAAAGUUGGUAGACAAGUUCGCUCCAAGGAAUAUGAAAAAUAAAUCUGAUAGACAAUUAAUCGUAGAGACCGCUUAUUGUAAUUGGAAUGGAAAAAAGGACGGUACACAGUCGUCUAAUAAAAUGGUAGAAAAUAUGAAACCUUUAAAAAAGAAAAAACGCGCGCCAAUCAACAUUACCGAAGGAAUGUCACGAGCUGAUAUAUUUGCUGCCAAUGUAGCUAGUGCCGUAGAUGCCGCUGAAGAUGCUGAUGAAGAGGAGGAUUAUAUAUAUAGUAACGGUCACUCUCGCACACCUUCAUUGACAAGUUCAUCUUAUGGAAUGCCACAGUUACAAUCAUAUCCAUUCCCACAUCCACAUAUGCCAUCCGAUAACAAUUAUGGAUAUCCAUUUCACAUGCCUUCGAAUAUAUACGGUGCGAUUCCCUCACAUCGUUCGUACAAUAAUUAUUUAAAUCGUCCUCCAUUUUAUGGUUAUUACAACGGAAAUUCAUCCGGAUCUGACACGGACGACAUGAAUUCAAAUCAAUCGAGUGGUUCACAACACAAUACUUAUAAGCCAACCGGAGUUAUGCGAUCUUCAUUACCUGAUAUGUCUCAAUAUGUGGCUCAAUAUAAAAAAGGAUACCCUAAUUAUGGUUCUACGAAUUAUCUUUAUAAUGGUUGGUACGGUGAUGAGGAGAGAUUACCAUUAUUUGCUAAACCACCAAAAUUUGAAACGCCUCAAAGUCAAUCAUUUUGUACAGCAUCCUCCUCAUUAACAGCAUUCAUCUUGUUUCUUAUGGUGUUCUCUUAUGUAAUAUAUUUUACAUCUACACUCCCAUUAACGGAUGUUAGCAUUAUUGAUAUAUCAGAUGUCCUUGCUGCCGACAAGGAACUUAUGUUUAACAUUCAUGUGAUGGGUCGUAAUUUUGGUCUCUGGAAUGUUGAGAUCGUGCAUUCAGACCUUAAUGUUUUUGCCACGCCUGUUAAUAAUAAUAAUGCGCCUGGUUGGAUUCCCGGUGGUCCAGGAAGUCACUGGGAUGAUGUCAAAAAUCAAACUUUAAAUGAUGUUACGCCUAGUGAAUUUUUAGGAAGUAUACUUUUAUUCGAUGAACCACUCGUAUUUGCUGCGGGUGUUAAUCGAAAGGGUGUGGUAAGUGAACCAUCGGGACAAGUUAGGUUGCGAAAUCCCGGUGGCGAACAUGACAAAGAAGGUCAAGACAGAUGGUCACAUAUUUUAAGGGGUCAAUAUGAUUUAACCGUGCGUGGAGUUCUUAAAUAUAGUUUACCAUUCUCUAAACAUCAUGUUGUUCGAGUUUGUUAUGCAAUAAGGGUAGAUGGCGGUAGUGGUUCAAAUGGUGAAGCUCAAGUUGGUGAUGACGAUGACACGCUUUUAUCAAGUAAUACCAAUGUCAUAUUAGGUGCUUGUGGUGAUUGGGAAGAAGAAUCAGAAAAAAUGUUAACAAGUGAUGAAUCAUUGUAA